AUGUCUGACGCAAAAGCUUCCGGCGCCCAGCCUAACCUUGCCGCUCUGGCGAGCAAGAACUCGCAGACCAUUCGUCGACGAGCGGCACAGCAGGCAGCAGCAAAGCCCAACUCGACACGAGCCGCCGGUGCCGGUGGUUCGUCCUCGACUAUGAUGCGUCUAUACACUGAUGACAGCAAGGGUCUCAGCGUUGACCCUGUCGUUGUGUUGGUUCUCUCGAUUGCUUUCGUCUUCUCGGUUGUCUUGCUUCACAUUAUUGGCAAGUUCAUGAGGUGGUUCUCCAAGUAA